AUGGCUACAACCGACUCACCCACUUCUUUCGAUGAGUUGAGGAACGACCUAUAUCUGGAAUUGUUACAGAAAUUCGAGCGACGCAAAGACGAUCGACACAGAUUUGCACCGAUUGGAACAUCAAAAGAGGUACUACGACCUGAUGUUUUGCGUUGUCUUUUUAGGAGUCUGGAUUGGUCCUAUCCUACGGAUACUGGUCUCAGUGAAGAGGAUUUCAGUGCAACUGUCAAUGAAAGAGACUUGCAUGAUUUCCUGGCCAUCUUGAUAUUCAGCAGUUGCACCGUCGAAGAUGCGCGAACAUUCACAACAGAACUUUUGGUUAAAGACACAUUUGCAAGCGACACCUUCUCCUUACCUACCGAAAAUCGGACUCUUAAACUGGUCUUCAAGGAAAAAGUCACCCGUGCUAAGUUUCUCGCACACCAAGCCAUAUUUUGUCCCGUGGUCAUUCACCAGGGGAAAGAACAGCGCGUCGUAGACCUCGGACGACGGCGUCUCCCUUAUCUCGAGGAAACGCGCCUGGCACAAGGAGGUUAUGGAACUGUUUACAAAGUCAAGAUUGCUAGGAGACAUUUUUAUGAUCAUCGCAACGGAACAUCAAACCCUGGGCCUUUGGAGGUUGCGAGGAAGGACUAUGUCAUCAGCAGUCAAUUCCCUGCCGCAAGCAAGGAGCACGACGUCCUCGAGAAGAUCCUUGCCUCUGAUAGAUCGUGCGAGAACAUAGUCGACAAUUUUGGCAGCCUCGCGAUUGGCCCAGACAAGUACAGCCUCUUCAUGCCUCUCGCGAUUUGUGACCUGAGUGCGUACAUGAUGGACUACCAUCCGAUCAAGCCCAGUACUACUCAGGAGAAGGCUGCGAUCAUUCUCUCUGCCUGGGGAUUAGCUCGGGGACUGGAGUUCUUGCAUCAAGGGAUGAAGACCCCCCAAGGCGAAAACCUGGUCUGCUAUCACAUGGACCUGAAGCCGAGUAAUAUCCUGAUAUUUCAAGGCGAGGAUGACAGGAAAAUUUGGAAAAUCAGUGACUUUGGCAUGGCCCGAGUUAAAUUGAGAAAGACAGGCGACAGAAUUGAAAAGGAGAGAGAUUUCAAUAGCUGGUUCGUGAAGCGUUCGAAGCCUGGGUCUGAGCCGACCCCGACACCUACUUUGGCUUUACAUGGAGAGGGUACUUACUUAGCACCCGAAUCUCUUGCGUCAAUCCCGUCCAUGAAGACCGGCAGUGAUGUCUGGUCCCUUGGAUGCGUGAUCAGCGUUGUAUUUGUUUACCUGGAGAAGGGCGCAGAAGGCGUGGCCAGAUACUCGGAAGCACGGUCGGAUCACGCCAAAGCAGAUGGCGUUGAUCGGUUUUUCCUUCGCGAUAAAGGAUUUGGGCCUUUUCAAGCGCACCCAGUCGUCAAAUAUUGGCACAAACGUCUAAUCCUGGACGGUAAACAGCGGGAGCCCGAAGAAGGGAAAGCGUUAAAAGCUAUGUUGCACUUUCUCGAGAAUGACGUGUUUCGAGACCAAGCAAAACGAUGUGGCGUGGACAGAGUUGCAAAAAGGCUGCUAGAAACACAGGAAAUUUAUAUAAUGUUGGGGGAUCCUGACAAAUUGAAGUCGAGGAGAGAACUACCCGACCAGGGUUCGAUGAUCAAGCAAAUAUUACUUAGUGGUCUUCCGCCUCGCAGAGCGAUACCUGAACCUGGAAGAUACAUCGGCAGAUGGACGCUCAAAACAGCGAAUCCUUUCAAAAACUGCGAAAUAUCCAGUGAUGGAUCUCUUGUUCUAUUUUGGACUGACACCGAACUCACGCUUUUUACGUCGGUAUCGCUCUCAACCGAAGAUGUUGAGGCAAAGCCACAAGGCCAGUGGUCUCUGGAAAGUGAAAACUCAAACUGGAUUUGGAAGAAUAUUCGAUUGACAGACCGAUAUUUGAUCGCUUCGACUUCUGGAGGUACUUUUCAAUACGGUUUGAAGUGUUAUGUCUUCAAUUUAAGAGGGGGUCGGUCGGUGGACGCCAGCUUCGCCCGUCGGAAGCGGUUCUUUUCACCACUACCAGAGAUAGCGGAUCUCGCUAUUUCGCCUGAUAGCGAAGUGAUGGCCUGUAUCUUGCACGGAAAAGUUGGAACGGAGCAUCGAGCGUUACUGUAUAUUGCACGGGUCGCGACCCCUGACCAAUGCACGCAGACAGAGGAGCUCGAGUGGCCAGCAACAGACAUUGUCGAGUUGUCAUUCCCGACGAGCGACGACAUUUACCUGGUUGUUCGCCCGAGAGUCAACAUCCGCAGUCUGGAGGAAACAGCUACGCUUAUUCAUAUAUGCUUGAAGUCAAAGCGACUAGAAUCGGUCAUCAUCAAAUCACAAGGCUUUGACAGCGGUGCCAAUGUUGGCCUCUUUACUACUUUCGCGCCCCUCUAUCGGCAGCCUAGCAGAUGUGCAGUUGUGACAAAAGAGAAACGCCUUUACAUACAGAGUUUGGAGGAAGAAAGCCAUGUCCCCGCCAUCCAGGCUGACAUCAAGCAAUAUCGUAUACUAAAAUUGAUUACAGGAUGGGAUAAAGGCGAGAUGUUCGCAAUUGGAAGACAUGUGGCCAGUCAUAAUAUGAUUUUGCUACAGGUACAUUUGCCUGUAUCGGGAGUCAGUGGUGUAUCCAUCACUGAGCUGGCACAAUUUCCGGGUCUUUCGUAUAGUGAUCAAUUUACCGAGGCGCUGGGGAACAUAAAAUGGGGAAAAUACAUUUUACUUGCAGCCUUGAUGAGUGCCAACCAGCGGGCGAUUUACAAAGUGAAGAUUUAG